AAAGCUAGCAUGAACGCGGCGCGCAUUCUGAAAGACAGAGGCACGCACGUGGCCCUAAUUAAAGCCAAUUAGCCAUUCCGUUUGUUUUUAUCACCCCAACGAAAAAUAACUUCGGUUUAUCACCAUCCCAGAGUGACCAGCAACAACGCAGAGAUGUUUUCAUGUCUAAAUGUGCUGCCAGCCCCACUGCAGCUGUGCCUGGGAAUGUGCCUUCACAAGGAUGUUGCAGAGGAGCAUAAAAAGGCAAAAGUCCAAAGCUCUAAAAUAGAACGGGACCUUCACAAACAUGCCAGCAUGGAGAAUAAUGUGGUCAAAAUCCUUAUGCUCGGUGCUCCAGAGACUGGAAAGAGUACAAUUGUCAAACAGAUAAAGAUAAUCCAUAAUCAUGGAUUCUCCAAACAAGAGCUUAUAAGUUUCAAGCCUGCAGUACUGGACAAUCUUCUGACCUCUAUGAAGACUGUUCUGCAAGGCAUGGGGACACUGAGGAUAAACCUUGCUAACAAGCAGAAUAAGGAUCAUGCUCGCUCCAUCCUGUCCUGCAGCCAGUGUUUGGGGGACGAUCAGGAGCUCCUUCCUUUUAUGGCUCAUGCUUUCUGUGCACUUUGGUCCGACCAAGGAGUCCGAGCAGCUGCAGCCCGAGGAUACGAGUUUGAGCUGAACGACUCUGCUCUCUAUUUCUUUGAGAACAUGAGUCGAAUCAUCGCACCAAACUACGUUCCCACAGAUGCAGAUGUUCUGAGAGUCAGAGUGAGGACCUGUGGAAUCAUUGAGACACAGUUUCAAGUUGAUAAAACUGUGUUUCGGCUGUAUGAUGUCAGAGGCCAGCAAAGUGCGAGGAGGAAGUGGCUAAGCUGCUUUGAAGGUAUUCAAGCUGUGGUGGCUGUUGUGGCCCUCAACAGCUAUGAUAUGACACUACUGGAGGAUCCUUCUGUGAAUCGGCUGCAAGAAAGUCUUGAACUUUUUUCAUCAAUCUGCAUCCACACGGUUUUCCAGCAAACCACCAUGGUUCUGUUCAUGAACAAAACGGACCUUUUCCGGGAAAAGAUCCUAAAAUCUGGAAGACACUUGAGACUUUACCAUUCUAGCUAUAAAGGUGCUGAUGGUGAUGUGGAUGCUGCAGCCCACCAUAUCACUGCAAUGUUCUCAGCAUGUAACAGCAACCCUGACAGGCCUGUGUACCACCACUUCACCACUGCCAUAGACGCCACAAGCGUACGGGUGGCAUUUCAUGUGGUCGUUGAUCAGAUUAUGAGGGGGAACCUAGAAGCUGUUCAGCUUGUUUAAGUCUUCUGGAGACUCUUUAAAUUGUUUUAAGUCAUUCAUUGCUGUAAUUUCUCUGUAAAUUCUCAUGUGUGCUUUUGUCUUUUAGAACUUCAAAAUCUGAUGAAGUAACACUAUUUAAUUGUUCUUUUUCCUUUCUGACUUUAUAACAUUUUAAAUAAACAUAUGCUUUUUAAGCAUGUCUGAUCAUUUUA